AGGAUCGCUCCAGACCCGAUUCUCGAUCCGGAGCCCGGAACCAAAAAAACACCGUGCUCUACUUCCCACCGGAGCGAAUUAAACAGCGCACUUACGUCAUCCUUCGCUCUUCUGUCAACUUCGGUUAAUGCCGUUCACAUCCUGCUGACUGCUUCCGCUUCGCUGGUGCGCGUCCCAGACUUCCCACGUCACAGAUGGAGCUGCAGGCGGUGUUAAUGGCGGCUGGAGGGGGCUCUCGGAUGAUGGAGCUCACGUACAGCACCCCCAAACCUCUGCUGCCCGUUGGAAACAAGCCCCUCAUCUGGUACCCCCUCAGUCUGCUGGAGAAGGUCGGCUUUGAAGAGGUCAUUGUCAUCACCACCAAGGAGGUCCAGAAGGAGCUGCAGAAGCUGCUGUCUGCAGACAUCAGGCUAAAGCUGGACAUUGUGCCUGUCCAGGAGGAUGCCGAUAUGGGGACAGCAGAUGCCCUGAGGUACAUCCAGCAGAAGAUCAAGACGGAUGUCCUUGUGGUGAGCUGUGACCUAAUCAGCGACACCGCCCUGCACCAGGUUGUGGACCUUUUUCGGGCUCAUGACGCCACUCUCGCCAUGCUAAUGAGCAAAGCCCACGAGUUCACAGAGACCGUUCCUGGUCAGAAGGGGAAGAAAAAAACUGGAGAGCAGCGGGAUUUUGUGGGUGUGGACACCUCGGGGAAGAGGCUUCUCUUUAUGGCCAAUGAAGCUGACCUGGAUGAAGAUCUUGUCAUUAGAAAAUCUAUUGUCCGCCGGCACCCACGAAUGCACAUCAGAACUGGUCUUGUGGAUGCCCACCUUUACUGCCUGAAGAGAUCAGUGAUGGACUUCUUAGCAGAAAACAAGUCCAUCUCCUCUAUUCGGGGUGAGCUAGUACCGUGUUUGGUACGUAAACAGUUCUCCAGGUCCACCGGUUUGCAGAAGACCAGGGAACAGUCAGAUCGGAACCUGAGCAAAAAGGACCGAAGUGCAAACUCGGAGAAUCACUUUUCCUCCGGGGACAGUGACCUCCACCAGCUGGCCCUGGCAAGAUCCUGCUGGAAUGACCACCGUGGGGACAUGAGCGCCGCGUACCACGGGGCCCACCUGCGCUGCUAUGUGCAUAUCAUGGAACAGGGCGUGUGUUACCGUGUCAACACCCUGGCGGCCUACAUCGAAGCCAACCGCUCGGCAUCUAAGCUGUUGGAGGAACCUGCCGUGCAUCCAUCCGCCGUGGUCUCGGAGCAGGGCCAGGUUGGAGCCGACAGUAUUGUUGGGGCUUUCUGUCAGAUUGGGGACAAAACAUCGAUCAAACGGUCAACUAUCGGGGCAUCCUCAACCAUAAAAGAGAAGGUCAAAGUCACCAACUCCAUCAUCAUGAGCGGUGUUACCAUUGAGGAUGGGUGUAAUAUUCAAGGCAGCGUGAUCUGCAGCCAAGCUGUGAUUGGCCGAGGUGCAGACAUCAAGUAUUGCCUGGUGGGGAGUGGCCAGCGAAUUGAAGCAGAGGCUGAAAGAACCAAUGAGGUCAUUGUUGGAACUGACCAGCUUAUGGAGAUCUAGAGACACACAGAGGAGUAACACUGAAGGUGAUCCAGAGGCACGGCCAGACAGCAGGCGAGUCCUGUGGGAGCCCUGUGGACAUGGAGAGCCAGCUGACCUACCUGUAAGGGAGCCAAGCUGGACGCACCAGUUCCACGCCGCCGCCGUCCCCGGAGACCCUUCUUCUUUGCCUUUUUUAUAUUGUGUCUGAAUAAAGAUUUAUUUAUGUCAACAA